AGGACUCGUGUCUGUAUUUAAAAGCAGAGAUCGCAGUUCAGACUCCUCAAGAUAUCUCGCAGCUCAACCAGAGCAGAGGAUCAGCGUGACUGCAGCACACACAGCAGGUGAAGCAAGAAAUUGAGGAACGUCGAGAAAAUGAGGAAUAAUGCAGUUGGUCUGGCAAUUCUUUUCCUCAUGGCAGUCCACACGUGCCGUGGAGGCUGUGGGGAGCCACAAGACACACAGGGCUCAGGUGCUCAGUACAAGAAAACAUCAGACAUCUACAAACUUCCACCAUCACUCUUGAAGCGGUUCUAUGAUGAUGAUUCGUAUGAUGGUUUUGUUGGGCUUAUGGGGAGGAGAAAUUCAGAGUCUAAGGAAUUCUCCUCAUUGCCUUUAAAAAGAGAAAUGCAUGACUUCUUUGUUGGUUUAAUGGGAAAGAGGAAUUUACAAACAGGAAAUCCUGCAAGCGAAGAAAAGGAAGUUGAACCAGAUUCCAGGUACUCUACAAAAUGCAGAAAGUUCAGGCGUUCAGUUUAGGAUGAACAACGCUGAAGGUCCUAGAAAAUCUGAACAGAAACAUAAUCUUUCCAAUGCCAAACACUGGAUUUUUUACCACGGAUGAAAAGCCCAACUUACAUUGUAAUAUAUCUUCACCUUUCUUUCCAUUAUGUUGAUUUAUUACAAUAUGAUUUCUAAAACAAAAAGGGCAAGUGAACAUUCUUCGAAUUAUAGUUGUCCGUAACUUUAAAUUAUUUAUUCCACGUAAUAUUUUAUUUUGAGUCUACCAGAAGUGAUAUUUGAAUAUUGUAAUCUCAUUUU